AUGCAUGAUUUGGCAACAUUGGGCGCAGCUCCGGCGACGUGCUUAGUCAUGACAGAAAAUAGAAGAAGAACAUACCAAGAGGAAUUCCUUAAUUACGGUUUUACCCAAAUAGAGGACAAUGGUACAAUGAAACCACAGUGUGUUGUGUGUAUGAAGGUACUGAGACCAGAAUCUUUCAAAAAAAGUCAAUUAAAAAAACAUUUAGAUAAUGUUCAUUCGCAACUAAGUUCUAAACCGCGAGAAUACUUCGCAAAUUUGGAGAUAUCCAUUAAAAGACAAAGAUUGAAUUGCAACUUGUAUGGUAACUUUGAUCAGAGUUCAGCAUCAAGGGCUAGCUUGGAACUAGCUUGGUUAAUCGCUCGAAAUAAAAAACCAUACACUAUCGGUGAAGACUUGGUUAAACCAGCUGCUGUCAAAAUGGUAGAGAUUAUGUGUGGUCAAAAGGAAGCGAAGAAACUAAACUCAGUGCCGUUGUCUGCGAGACUUGUGAAAGAGAGAAUUUCUGUAUUAGCAGAAAAUGUGAAUGAGCAAGUAAUUUUUGCAUUAAGACAGGCAAAAUAUUUUGCUAUUCAGCUAGAUGAGACAACGGAUUUCAGUAGUAAUUCACGACUGAUGGUAUAUGUUCGAUACAAAGGUGUGGAUAAUUUUGAAGAGGAAUUGCUGUUUUGCUCUCCUCUCGAGUUGAGAUGUCGUGGAAUAGAUAUUUAUAAUAAGGUCAACGAUUACUUCAAAGCGCAAUGCUUAAAAUGGGAAAAUUGUAUUUCGGUAUCUUUGGAUGGAGCUCCAGCUAUGUUGGGUCAUAUUAAUGGUUUUUCAGCCUUUGUAAGGAAAAAUAACCCAACUAUCGAAAUUACUCAUUGCAUGAUUCAUCGCCAGGCCCUUAUGGUAAAAUAUUUAGAACCUACACUAGAAGCCGUCAUGCACGAUGUUAUCAAGAUUAUAAACUUUAUCAAGGGGCAUGCACUAAAUACGCGGCUAUUUCGUGAAUUGUGUCAAGAUGGUGAAGCUGAGUAUACAGACCUCCUUUAUCAUACAGAAGUGAGGUGGCUCUCUCGCGGAAAUGUUUUAAAUCGAGUAUGGACUCUCAAAAAUGAAGUUGAAAUGUUUUUGGUUUCUCAAAAAAAUAUUCUUGCAGAACAUUUUAAUAACUCUUCCUGGAUUGCAUAUCUUGCAUAUUUGGCAGACAUAUUUGAAAGCAUAAAUUUAUUGAACAAAGAAUUACAGGGAAAGCAUUGUAAUAUUAUUUCAGCAAGAGAAAUAUUGUCAGCAUUUGGGUUAAAGCUGGAGUAUUGGAAGCAGAAGUUAGAACAAAACAAGAUAGCAUCUUUUCCAAAGUUAGCUUUGAUUUUGGAAAUUUCUGAAAAUAUUACUUUAGUUGAUAUCAAAGAUACAAUUGUAAGACAUCUUAUUAAACUGAGAGAGCGGUUUUUGGAUUACUUUCCAGAUCUGAAUACACGUUUCGUGAGUUGGGUUAUAGAUCCUUUCAAAUGUGACAUUUCUAUGAUACCAGAACAACCUGCAGGUUUGGCUGAAUCGAUUUUAGAACUUCGAUCCAAUACCGAAGCUCAUAUUAAAUUUGAUAAUAAACAAAACCUGUCAUGUUUUUGGAUGUCAAAAGCUGCAAAGGGUUUUGAAAUAGCACAUGAAGAGGCGGUAAAAAAAUUGCUGCCAUUUGGAACCACAUACUUGUGCGAACAAGGCUUUUCCAGUCUGGUAAACAUUAAAUCGAGAAGUAGAAAUAGACUAAAUGCUGAAGAUUGCAUUAAAAUCGCUUUGACAUGUAAAAAUCCCAAUUUUGAACAAAUACUGUCAAAAAUGAAGCAACAUCAUUUCUCAAAAUCGUGA